UCGACGGUGAUCGGUCUUUCGUAGUUUCUUCGUCGUGCCGUACAGCCGCACAUCCCGUUCAGCUACCAUUCUUGUGCCAUCGAGGAGCAAGCAAUCUCGCUGAAAGAUACCAUCUAUCCUCCCUUGUUACGUGCGCUCCGGAUUGUGAAUUCUGCUUCUCUGAAGAGAACGGAAGUAGCGCGAUAAAGCUUUUAAACAGGAAAGUGCCCCCGGAAGCCGGAAGCAGCAGCAGCAGCAGCAACGAACACACAUCGUAGUAACAGCGAGAUUUAUAACACACAAAAAUGAGCUGGCAGGAUUACGUCGACAAUCAGCUUCUUGCUUCCCAGUGCGUGUCCAAAGCCGCUAUCGCAGGGCACGACGGAGGCGUUUGGGCUAAAUCGGAAGGAUUUGAGGUGUCAAAAGAGGAAGUGGCCAAAAUCGUACAGGGCUUCGACAAAACCGAACUGCUCACAUCCGGCGGUGUAACACUAGCGGGCCAGCGUUACAUCUAUCUCUCCGGUACCGACCGAGUCAUCCGUGCCAAAUUGGGAAAAACGGGUGUUCACUGUAUGAAGACCCAGCAGGCCGUCAUAGUUUCCAUCUACGAGGAACCCGUGCAGCCUCAGCAGGCGGCAUCCAUAGUGGAAAAGCUGGGCGAUUAUCUAAUUACCUGUGGUUAUUAGAAGGCCGCGGAAGGCGCGCGGGCGUGAGAUAUUUGAGAAAACAAACAAAAAAAGAACGCAAGAUUACUAGGAGCAACCGAGAUGAGUCGGAGGAGGAAGAAGAGUUGACGAGAUAAGAGCAGCAGCAGCAGCAACAGUAGCAGGAGCAGCAGCCCUGAAGAUGAGUGUGUGUGUGUAUGUGUGCGUGUGAAGGAAAAGGAAGCCUACGCCUGACCGCAACCACCGACCCCACCGGGAGUUCAGGGUGGCCCGGUGGAUGGGACAGGAGGAAGCAGCAAGGAGUGAUGGAAGGAAAUAAAAUGACAGAGAACCAGAGAUGCACAGAGAUAUUGGUGGAGACCACCGGAGACCGAACGUAAUUUCGGGUGCGCCUCUUCUUGAAUGUGAGUACUAAUAGCGUACGUGUGUGUAUGUAUGUGUAUGCGCUCGUAUGUGCGCACCCGAGUAUAGGAAAAACGAAAACUAAUAACCCCCCACACCACCAAUUACAAGACGGAUAAGUCACACAUCCAAGUCCGCCCUGCUCUCUUCUCCCGCUGCACGUUCGAAAUAGACCGGUGUGGUGGUGGCGGUCUCUAUGCAUGCAGCAUUAGAACAUUACCCCACCUACCAUGAGCGUAUAUAUAAUCGAACUCGAGCCGAACCAACGCGGGCAGAGGAAGGGGAAGGCCGGCCAGCACAAACGGGCGGGCACACUUUUCCGGCGGGUGGUGUCGUGUGGUUUAAACUAUGACCAGCAGAGCAGCAAGGCAAGGAAAAGGCACAGGGAGAAGAGAUUCGCGCGAUAAAAGAAAGAUUAACAAAACACACCGCAAAAGGAGACGAUAAGACCGGAAGGUGAAGGAAGUGUAUGUAAGAGAGAGAAAGAGAGCGAGAAAAAUGAGAUAAAAACAAGAACACUUGAAAAAAUACUUUCAUACUGCUUUUUAUAAUUUAAACACUAGAAACACACUUGAAUAAAGAGUUGAUAAUGGAGAUGAAGACAGAAGAACAACAGCAACUACUACUGCUACUACAACAGCUUUGUGGAACCCACUUUCGACCCGAUGUUUCUUGGUGGUGGGUGGUGGUGAAUUGGCAUUUUUCGUCAUUGUUUUUUUCCGGUGAACUCUUCAGGUGAGAUGAAACCAGCCUCCCCCCAUUUCAAGAAAGAACAUUUAUUGGAAGGAUACGUGUGUGUUUUAUCAUCGGCCACGUGUUUCAAUUGGGAACAUUGUGUGAUCUCUGCGUCUAUUACUAUCACUUUUUACUCUUCUUCUA